UGGGAAAUACAAUUGAAGGAAGGUCCAGUUUGUAAGUAAGUUACGAGAAGGGAUCGAUUCGCAGGGAACUUUGGAGAUCUUCUGUAACCAUUCGAACAAAAAACACAUUUAAUCAAACCAAUGGCAAACAACGGUACAGACGGAAAGGGUGUAAAAUAUUAUCGUUUGUCAGAGGUAGAAGAACGGAACUCUUUUAAAAGCACAUGGAUAAUAAUUCAUAAUAAAGUGUACGACGUCACAAAGUUUCUCGAGGAGCACCCAGGGGGAGAGGAGGUGCUGCGGGAGCAGGCGGGUGGAGAUGCCACCGAGAGUUUUGAGGAUGUCGGACACUCGACAGAUGCACGCGAGAUGGCCAGUUCUAUGCUCAUAGGAGAAGUGCACCCAGAUGACAGAGACAAGAUUGCCAAACCACCAGAAUCCCUUGUAACAACAGUACAGGAAACAACAAGCUGGUGGUCAAACUGGUUGAUACCUGCGGUGGCUGCUGUAAUCGUCACCUUGAUGUACCGCAUUUACACUGCAGAGGAGGCAUGAACUACUUCUGCAAGCUGAACUACAUUACCCAUAAUCCAUUUCAGGUUUCGCCAUUACCGUAAAGAUCUACUAAUGAAGGCAACUUUUGUGUUAGUUUGGCUGUUUGUCAUAACAAAUUUUUUUAUGAUACACGACUGUUUAAAGCAUUAUAAAUAUGUGUACUAAAGAUGAAGUUCUGAUUUAUCUGAUUGUUUUUCUGAUGAUGUAGUACUGUAUGUUUACUGUUUAUCCGGUUAAAAUAUCAAUGCUGAAUAGUCUCACAUAUGCAAACGCAACAUCAAAGAAAUCAAUUUUCAGUUGAUCGUUGCUCUUACUCAGACAUGAGAGAAAUUACUAAUGCUUAUCUCUCUGAAAUGUAAUGUAUAAUAUGCCAAAUGCUACUGUUUAUUGACAAAACCAUUUGUCCAUUAUGACAGAUUCACUUCAGAUUAUGCAAUAUUACUUUAGGAUUAUCAUUUUUAUUUACAUUUUGACAUUUUUUUUUCAUGACAUUUAACCACACAAGCCCUUAUUUUGCAUCAUUUUCACUUUCAUUUGUCAUGAAAAUAAUGUUGCAAUGCAAAAACAAAAAGAUUUUCAGCUGAAAUAUGACAGAAUGUUCACAUUAUGAUUGUACACACAACCUAACCAAAAGAUGUCAUUAUAUGUGCUUAAUUUCUUCUACAACCACACAGACAAUCAUCUAGAAUUCUCCAUUAUCUGUAAUAGUAACACUUUAAUAAUUGUAUUUUUUUUCCUGCCGGUUACACAUCGAUGUGCCACAUAAAUGCAUCAGUGUACCACCACGAAUGGUGCUUAAACAUUCCUCUUUUUUUCCAACAAAACUGAAUGUAAUGUAAUGUACUUGUGUAUAUAAUCUAAAAUACAAGCAUCUUUCCCUAACAAAGAUGUUUGCAGUAUAACUUCAUUGCUGCUAUCACCAUAAGACAAAUAACACAAAUCAUUCAGCUUUAUUGUGUCCCAAUAAACAAGGAAACUGAU